UCCUCCGGCUCAAGAUGAGGCUGCGGCCGGUUGUUCUCACACUGACUCUCACGGUGACUCUCGCUUAUUACGUUUACAUCCCGCUGCCCGAGUCCAUCCAGGAGCCGUGGAGGCUGAUGCUGGUGGGCGCCGCCUUCAGGACAUCGAUGCAUCUGGCCUCUCUGAGGGAUUGGCUGGGCUGCGACGGUUAUUUCAAGUUUGUCAGGUGGCCCUCGGAGAGCUUCUAUGGCACGGGCAAGGUGGGGGACAGCUACGAGUCCGGCGGAGGGGUCGUGCCCGGAGUGAAGGUCAGCGACAUCACUUUCGCGGGCAUCCCGGUCAGAGUAUACGAGCCCCCGGCCGGAGGGGAGGGCCACCUGAGGAGAGGGCUGAUGUAUUUUCAUGGAGGAGACUGGGCCCUUGGCGGCACAGAGAGGCGUUCAAGCGAUGCCCUCAGCCGAACGGUGUCGGACGAGCUCAACACUGUUGUGGUCUCUGUUGUGUAUCGUCUUUACCCGGAGGUGCACUUUCCCGUGCCAUAUUUAGACUGCCUCGCUGCUGCCAAACACUUCCUGUCCCCAGAGCUUCUGGCCAAGUACGCAAUUGACCCUGAGCGUGUAGCCGUGUCAGGGGCCAGUACCGGAGGAAAUCUGGCUGCUGCCGUCGCCCAGGAGAUUUCCACUGACGACACUGUGAGUGUGAAGUUCAGCAUCCAGGCCUUAAUCUACCCGGCGCUCCAAACCCUGGACUUCAACACACCUUCCUACGUGCAGAACCAGGGCAUACCCGUCCUCUACCGCCCCCUCAUGGUUCGGUUUUGGCUGCGGUACCUCGGCGCUGACCUCUCCCUGCAGCCCCAGUUGCUGGUGAACAACCACAGCUCCUCACACCACUCGGCCGUCAGCCCAGAGCUGAGGGCGCGAUCCGACUGGACCGUGCUCCUGCCCCCGAAAUACAAGAGGAACCACAGGCCUCUCGUUGUCGGUAAAGGUUCACCGGGGCUGGUGAAGGAGGUGCCGGGGCUGCUGGAUGCGCGGGUGUCGCCGCUGCUGGCAGGACCAGAGGUUUUGGCCAAAUGCCCUCGGACGUACAUCCUAACGUGCGAAAAUGACGUGUUGAGGGACGAUGGGCUCAUGUACGCUCGGCGCCUACAGGACGCAGGGGUCACGGUUACCAAUGACCACUAUGAGGACGGCUUCCACGGAUGUUUCAGCUUUAUAGUCUGGCCAGUAGAGUUCGAUGUGGGGAGGAGGGUGGUCCGGGGUUACCUCAACUGGCUGCAGAACAACUUGUGAGAGUGUGUGUGUGCAAAUGAGUAAUGAGUGUGUGCAUGUCUGAUUCUUUGAGACUUUAGAUUUGCUGAAGGGAUUUUUACGUCGAUUCUUUGUGCUGAAACAUAUGAUUUUAAGCUCAGGGCCGUCAUGGGCGUCCAACAUCACAGCCACAAGCUUUCCACUGAAGGAUAAAAUAACAAGAUGGCUCCACAUCAGCACUUCACUCAUUCAUACAUUUAGACAAGAGUGUGUCACAAGGGUUGGAAAUGAUUUUAUAAAGGUACGAUAAACUCCCAAAAUCAAAGGUUCAUGUUUACAGUGGUUGAUUUUAUUGUUGUGGUGAGAAAACAAUGUUCACAUCAAACACAGGACAGAUCAUUUUCUUUUUGUGAUAUUAAUAAUAAUAUUGUAUUUAUGGAAGUUAAGGUUAUAUACAAAUAACACAAUUAUAAAACAAGUCACAGCGUACAACAGGGUUAAACCAUGAUGACAACAACAAACAAGAAAACUUUAUAAGUAAAUAAUUCAGAUCAUGAUAUUCUGUCUUUUCAAUAAAUUGUCUUCUCAAAAAAGGAAGUCAUUACAUUUCUUAUAGACAGUAGUUGUACUUCUUCUGCUCCCUGCACGGCAGUAAAGUGACGUCUUCCCUGACAAAUGAUGCCACUUGAAAGUCACAAAGCAAAAGCUCGACAGCUUGAUUCCAUUCAUGAUUCACAUUGUGUUGUAUUACAGGAUGUACUUUAGGUUUCUGAACAGGCCCCGAGGCUGCUAUCAAUAAAAUGCCUUGCUACUUAAAUGACUCCACAGGGAAAACUGUGGAAGUUGAACUCAUCGCUGGAAUUACAUUCACUGUUUUAAAAGCACCACCAGUAUACGGACUGUUUAUAAAGUCUUAUCGACAAACUCAAAGCACUUUAUAAAGUUACACUCACAUUCUGCAUUUUCUAUUACACUAUCCUUUACUCUGACCGGUUCAGUGUCUUGCCCAUGGACACUUCGGCAUGCGGACAGGGGGAGCC